AUGUUUGAUCAGUGCUCACCGAAUCUGACGCCAGACCGUUUGGCGGCGGAGUUCGGCGCAGCAACCAGAAUGGGUCGUCUGCUUUCGAGGUCUGCGAUGCGGUGGCACUUUUGUCGCGGCCUCACGUCGGUACCAUUUCUCGCCUCCCGACGGGUGCAGUCACGACUGCCAAGUCGGCCGCAUCAAAACAGCCCCAGAUGGCCGGCAUACACUCUGCUCCGCCCCGUGCACCAGACCAUUCCGGUAGGACUGGCCGGUAUUGCUCUGGCUCCCCACCCCCGCGGGCACCCCGACAACCAGGGCUCUCGGCUUCUGGGGGCAUAUGUGCAAUCGCAGACCGGCUCGACCACCGCGAGAGCAAUAAAACUCACCUCGGAGCAUAAAGGCGACAUUUCGACCAGACAUCAUCUACCUUCGAGGGGCUUUUCUCCCACCACAUACUCUCCGUACGUCCGUCUAUUCGUCUCGUAUGUCCUUAUAUCCCUGCCUGUGUGUGUGCGGCGUCUGGGUGCCUCAUUCCCACUCUCGGCAAGAGGCAGUUUGUGCAUGUCUCAGACAAUGUUCACCUGUAACGCCGACCGUCUACUCUCUCUUCUAAACAUAGCAUACCUGAGUCUUGUGUGUGUAUGUGUGUGUAUGUGUAUGUAG